AUGAAUGGCUCAUCGGAGGAAAACAACCAUAUUGAAAGAGGAGGAGACGAAAAUAACGAUAAAGCACCGUACUCUAGGUUUGGGCGCCGAGCUAAAGCAUUUCUUUCGGUAAUUUGCGCAUCAUGUGGACUUUUCUCAGCAAUCGCAGCUCCCAUUUACUACCCUGCGCUUGACACCAUCAAAGAUGAGUUCCAUGUAAGCGGCGAGCUUCUGAAUAUCUCGGUUGUGGUGUAUUUCAUCUUCCAAGGCAUUUCACCGUCUGUGAUGGGAGGCUUUGCGGACUCAUGGGGCAGAAGGCCAGUCGUUAUCUGGUGUCUGGCGGUGUAUUUUGCAGCUUGUGUUGGCCUUGCACAAGCAAGAACAUACGGUCAGAUCUUGGGCCUCAGAUGCCUACAAAGUGCCGGAAUUUCGCCCGUAAUUGCUCUGAAUAGUGGCUUGCUAGGAGAUGUUACAUUACGGCAUGAGAGAGGGGGCUACGUAGGAAUGACAUCCGGGAUUCAGUUGAUAGGAUCAUCAUUUGGUGCUUUAAUUGGGGCAGGUUUAACUUCUCGGUGGGAUUGGAGAGCCGUAUUUUGGUUCUUAGCCAUUGGUUCCGGUUUCAGUCUGAUAGUGAGCUCCUUUCUAAUGCCGGAGACAAAUAGAAGUUUAGCUGGAAACGGUUCUGUAUUGCCAAAAAGUGUACCCAGCAGGGCCCCAAUUUUAUACCUCCCAGCCGUCAAAAGGUCGCUACAUCUCGACAGACCGGACCUGGAGACACUCGUUACAAACAAGAAAAUUACUUUUAUGGCGCCCCUCAAGAUCCUUGCCGUUCCUAGUGUCCUUGUUGUACUAUGCGUUGCUGGCAUACAGUUUGCGAUAUACACUUGUAUGCUCACAGAACUUUCAAGUAGUCUUCAAAACGACUAUGGCCUGAGUGUAGCAAAGGUGGGAUUAUGUUAUCUUCCAAGUGGGAUAUGCACCCUGAUAAGUGUUAUAAGCACAGGAAGGCUCCUCAAUUGGAAUUAUAAACGCCGUUUAAGCCAACAUCGAAGAAUGGUAGAAAAUUACCACCCGGAGCAAAAGAACGAGCGCCCUGGAAAUAGCGAGCAUGCAGAAGAUUUGGUCAAGGACGGUAAGAAGCUCAAAUUCAAUAUCUAUCGCGUCCGACUUGAAAUAGGUGUGAUUCCCAUGAUCUUCAGUUUUGGAGGCUACAUUGCAUUUGGUUGGUGUCUUUAUGCAAAAACACACCUUGCUGUGGUUUUGUUUUUUAGUGGGCUUUCCGCGCUGUGUUCAACUGGAAUUGUGUCUUGCACUAAUACGCUAAUGGUAGAUUUGCACCCUGACAAGGGCUCGAGUGCCUCAGCAUGUCUCAAUCUUUGUCGAUGCUUGCUCGCAGCAGCACUUAUAGCAGCUCUUGAUUCAAUGAAGGCUAAAAUGACAGUGGGCGGGACUUUCACAUUCAUGGUUGGCGUAGCAGUUUUAUUUACUACGGGGCUGGUGUAUAUCGUCGGAUCCGCGAUGACCAAAGAUACAGCGCCUGAGGAUGUAUAUGAAUAA